UUCGCGGGCACGCUUUGGCAACACAAGUCGAUUAUCACCAAGUUGGAGAUGGAGCUGGCUGAGACCAAGGCGCGUUUGGCUAAGGCUGAGGGCGAGGACCAGGACAGCAUGGACAUGGAGGACGGGGCCCCAGGGGUCGAUGAUGCGCAGAAGAAGCUGGAGCGCAUUGCGACGAUUGACGACAGCCUGUUGCGCAUCAAGGAUUUGCAGGAGACGGCUUUCAUGCAGUUGCGUUCCCAGCUGGAGGACGAGCGGGCCAAGAGACAGGACGAGGCUUUGGCGCAAAUCCAGAAGCAGAUGGAGCUCCUCCGCGAGAAGCUCGCGGAGCAGCAGAAGAUCAUCCAGGACGCGGAGUCUGAGCUGUUGGAGGUUAAUGCUGAGCAGAGCAGGCUUGCGGAUACCGUGCCUCAGGCGCCUGAGAACGCUCAGCCCUCCACGCCAGCGUCGGGGCUGGGAGUCACGGUCGAGAAGCUGGGCUCCUUAUUGCAGGAGCUGGGCGACGACGGCGCGGUCAAGGGCCAGCUGGGCGCCGCCACUCAGGGCCUGCAGGCGCUGGACCAGGCCAAGAAAGAACGAUAUCGAGCGGCCCGCGAGGCCGCUGCUGCGGGACUUGCCGCUGGUGGGCUUCAUGGGCCCGCUGCUCAUGGCGACGGCGCUGCUUCUGCGGGCGCUGGCCCUGCGGGUUCCGGGCCUGUCGACGACCGCCCCACUGGGCCCAAGGUUCAGGUUGCUGACUUCAUGGCUGAAGAUGUGGACGUAGACCAGAUCAAAGCCUUCAUUGAGGGCAUGGGUGCCACUCCGGCUGGAGACAUGACUGCGAUCCGCGCCCAGUACGAGCGCCAGCGGGAUCUCAUGUUGGCCAACCUGGCAGGCGAGGCGCAGAAGAAGUCUCGUUCGGCCGAGUGGUUUCACGACGUGGCUACACGGAUCGCGGUGCUGUUGCUGAUGACGGAGCGGCUAAAGAUGCAGACGCGUAGCCCCCCGGCCCUGCUGUCGCGAGCGAGCUUCACCCUAGGCCAGGCCGGCAGGGCGUUGGCUAUGUCAGGGCUCGGCCAGGAACUACUUGCCGAGGCCACCAGGGGCCAGGUCAUCACGGCCAACAUCUCCGACGGCAAGCAGUUCAUGAGCUUCUUGCCGAG